CGCUGACCAGGCUGAUUCAGCACCCGGGGUUCGAGGUUCUCGUUGCCAGCGUGAUCGUCCUGAACGGAGCAGUCAUGGCUGCCGAGGCGCAGUACCAGGGCUUCAAUCUGGCCGUGUGGACCGGCCACGACGCUGCAGGCCGUGCCUCCUCCGAGGUGUGGCCGCACGGUGCAGCAGUAUUCUUGGCAUGUGAGUGGAUAUUCGGAGUAUUCUUCCUGGUCGAGAUUAUCAUCAGGAUUGCAGCGGAGCGUUUGCAAUUUCUCCGAGACUACUGGAAUUGUUUAGAUCUUUUGGUUGUGGCGCUCUGGACGGCGAGCCGUUUUGAGAUUGGCCCGAGCGUGAAUGUGCAGAUGCUGCGUCUCGCUCGCCUAUCACGGCUAGGGCGCCUUGUUAUUUGAACAGCUCUCGGUUCGAUUCGUGUACGUCAUGGUUACGUCGCUCCAAGGGGCUGUGGCGGUGCUAGCAUGGUCUUUCACUGUGUUGUUGAUUUUGCACAUGAUCUUAGCGCUGGCUGUCAACCAGGCCCUUCAUGUUUGGUAUUUCGACGAAGGCAAGGCCGAGGAACAAGCCGAGGUGUUUGAAUAUUUCGGGAGUUUUACACGGUCACUUCUCACAAUGUUUGAGUUUACCCUUGCAAAUUGGAUAGUCCCAGCGCGGGUGUUGAUGGACCAGGUGCACGAGUCGCUCUUCAUCUAUUCGAUCUUGCACAAGAUGGUGCUCGGAUUUGCCAUCAUAGGAGUAGUCAACGGGAUAUUCAUCCAAGAGACAUUCAAGGUGGCUGCGAUGGACGACGCGAUAAUGGUGAGGCAGACGACCAGAAAACAGACGGCCCACAUCGCGAAGAUGAAGAGCCUCUUCGCCACGGCAGACACGAACAGAGACUGCGCGAUUGAUCGCGACGAAUGGCUGGAGUUAUGCGAGGACGACUGGGUGAAGGUCUGGCUGACAGCUCAAGACUUCCCGGAUCUGCUCAGACUGUUCGACGAGCUGACCCACGGACGUGAGCGCCUCACCGCGCAGGAGCUCAUCGAAGGCACGGCGCGGAUGAAGAGCGACGCUUCGCCCCUGGGUGUGGUCAGGCUGAUCAGCGAGGCGCGCGACCUUGUGAUCAGCGAGGUUCGCGAAUGCCUGAAAGGAGUCGAAUGCACACUGCACGAGGCCCUUGCUCUCAAGCCACACACAGUACCGAAUCACACCACCUCGCCCUAAAGCGGAGCGUGCAGAAUACCAACAGUUCACAGGCCUCCGUUGCGGGCGCCUUCCACUCUCCCGGGGCAGCGCGAACGCUGCCCACCGCGCGUGCAGCAGCGUGACUUUCCAAUCUCCCUCGUCUUCAUCCCCCCCUCUCCUCGAGGGCCACUUCGGACCAGCGAAGCAGGAUGGCGCUUGGUUUUCUCCUCCUCGUUCCUCCCCCCCUCCCCUCGAGAGGCACUUCGGACCACGCACUGCCAUGGCGCGCCUCCGCUGUGCCGCCAUUGCUCUAGGACCACAGCUCCAUGCGCUGUCCCCUGUCCUUCGUACGCCAGAGCAGUAUCUCCCGUGUACUGAUGCUUUUCUAGAAGUGAUCCCAUAAUUUGUCUCAAAUUGGACGUGCAGCCUGUGCACUGUUUUUGUUGUUUAAAGAAGUGAUCACAUAAUUUGUCUCAAAUUGGACGUGCAACCAAGCUGUCGACGAGUCCUGAGGAUGGCUGUCGCACACUGCUGUACAAUACAGGGAAAAGUGAACGCGUUCACUGAAGCCAUCUUCCAAGUCUGGGACUAGGUUCCUAGGAGGUUUCGAUGUGGGGAAUGGUGCCCUCUUGAUGGUUCUUGGAGCUCUCCUGGACCGACAUGGUGCACCUGAGCAGCCUUGGGGCCAUCCUGGGCUGCUUUGAGCACGUGCAGCCAUGCAUCUUUGCGAUAUUAUCCUCUCGCUCUCGCUCUCGCUCUCUCUCUCUCUCAUCCUCCUCCUCCUCCUCCUCCUAUCGCCGGUGCCGUCUUUUUUUGGUUUCUGCAAGUGCGCUGCCCAGAUGUUUGGCAAGCACGUUGCCCACUCUCCUUCUUGCUCCUGCCGAGGCGCCCACCGUGAAGACCGAAGCAGCCGCAUACGCACAAGAACGGCCCGCCUCUCGCGAAUUGAGACCGUCUGUCUCACCGACGCAGGCAGGCGGGCUUGGCUAGCAGCCGUUCGAGCAGCUUCGUCCGCGAUGAUUGCCUAUGAUAAGCCAUCGAGCCGAGCUAUUCCUAACGACUUCCCCCCUGCCCUGAUGGGAGUGGACCAACAGCACAGUGAAGGCCAGUGUCGCGGCCUUGCUGUCGGAGAUUGGUACCUGGAGUGCCCAUAGGUCGCCGUCCUCUCCCGCUGGUGAGAGCCACCUCUUACUGUGCCGUCCUUUGACUACAGGCUCGCCGUCGGAAACAUGAUACAGGAGGGGAGCAUAAAAAAACGGCUUGUCUUGGGGCUGCUUGUUCCGCUUGCCGACGCUCCAACACUGCCCUGGGCGUUCCCCAGUUGAGCCUCUCUCUCUCCUCCAGCCUCUUGUCUCCAACAUCGGGCUCAAAUGUUCUCGGCUGCGCGAGCUCAGCUUCUUCUUGCAGUCUCCAUUGCCGAGACUGCACGUUUUCCUCUGGCGGGACACCCCGCUCUGACCCUUUACAGACUCCUGCUCGCAUUGGUUUGCGAUGGAUUCGGCUCCGCCCUGCGCCCAGCGCAGAGUCGACGUGCAGGCGGCCAGCAGUAUACGUGCUGCAGCCCGUGACCAUUGCCCGAUGUGUUGCGAGAUGCCUUGGACUGUCGGUGUCGUCUGCGCAGAGUUGAUUUGCCAGGCAAGUCCGUUCUUGUCAUGAUGUAGCGCGGGGAACUGCUCAAUAGCGACGGGCGAUGUUGCGUCGUCAUCUUGAACAAAAAAAGGCCCCAAGACGGCCACAAGAUGCGCC